ACUGACCAAGAAGUUCACAAUGAAUUAUUGUACGGUCUCUGUUAUUUUACUGUUGACCACGAAACUAGGAGAAUGUGGUUUAAUCGGCAACAUCAUAGACGCUAAGCUGAAACUGAUUAACGAUUUCUGGAAUCUGGGAACAUCAAAUCAAGAAUAUGUCGAAGUUACAGAUGCGCCGGACGGCCAAAUAUUUGCAGAAGUUACAGAACCAAUUUAUUCUGAAAUAGAGGAUAUAAAAAAACCUACUGAGGUCAAUGGACAAAUAGAACAAAAGCCGGUCUUACAAGAAACCACUAAACCAUCCCUACCUAUAGAACAAACAGAACAAACGCCGGCCCCUCAAGAAACCACUAAACCAUCCCUACCUAUAGAACAAACAGAACAAACACCAGUCUUACAAGAAACCACUAAACCAUCCCUACCUAUAGAACAAACAGAACAAACGCCGGUCUUACAAGAAACCACUAAACCAUCCCUACCUAUAGAACAAACAGAACAAACGCCGGCGCCUCAAGAAACCACUAAACCAUCCCUACCCAUAGAACAAACAGAACAAACGCCGGUCUUACAAGAAACCACUAAACCAUCCCUACCUAUAGAACAAACAGAACAAACACCAGUCUUACAAGAAACCACUAAACCAUCCCUACCUAUAGAACAAACAGAACAAACGUCGGCCCCUCAAGAAACCACUAAACCAUCCCUACCUAUAGAACAAACAGAACAAACGUCGGCCCCUCAAGAAACUACGCAGCCACCAACACAACCACCAACGGAGCCACCAACACAACCACCAACACAAGCACCAACGGAGCCUCCAACACAACCACCAACACAACCACCAACACCACCACCAACACAACCACCAACACAACCACCAACACAACCACCAACACAACCACCAACACAACCACCAACACAACCACCAACACAACCACCAACGCAACCCACGACAACGCAAGGUGUACCACAAACCCCACCAACUGGAACCCCACCAAGACCCACGCCCUGCCCAGCCAACACUCAAGCAGACAUCAUCCUGGUCCUGGACUCGUCCAAGAGCAUCGGUCAAGCCAACUGGAAGAAGCUUCUGGAGUUCGUCUCCCAGCUGACCAGGCAGUUCACCAUUGGUCCAAACGAUGUCCGGUUCGCUGCCCUGACCUACAGCUACAGCGCCAUUAAACUCUUUGACCUGAAGACCUACGCGGACAGCGCCGGAAUGGAAAAGGCUUUUAAAGCUGCUAAAUACCUAAAUGCUCAGACCAAUACCGACAGAGCCUUGAACUACAUACGUAAAAACAACAUGUUCGGCACUUCCGCUGGCGGCAGGCCAGACGCUAAAGACCUGGUCAUCUUAAUCACAGACGGUGUGUCGUCCAGUCGAGACAGAACUGUUGCCGAGGCCCAGGCGCUGAAAGACGAUGGGGCGGAGGUGAUUGCCGUGGGGGUGGGGCAGGAAGUCUCCCCAGAAGAGCUGUACGCCGUCGCCAGCACGUCUGAUGACGUGGUACUGGCAUACGACUACAGCACCCUCGAGUUCAUCAAGAAGAAGAUCGUGGAGAGUGCCUGCAAAAAAAUAUAAAUACAAGGGACGGUAAAUGACAGUUCACAGUCUACAAGGCUGCAUUGUACAAAAUAAAAUGUUUUCCCU